UGAGAACAAUCCGAUUCUCUAUGCCACAGACGCCAAAUGUCGCCAUCGAUCAAUGACAUUUUGAGAAGUUGAAUUUAUUGAUAUAAAGCGUUAAUGUAAAUAAUAAACAAUUUCAACAUAAACGUCGGCUUUCAGUCGAUAUGUAUGCCAAGGGCAAAGGCUCUACGGUACCUUCGGACGCUCAGGCUCGCGAGAAGUUGGCCCUAUAUGUCUACGAGUACUUACUUCAUGUCGGGGCUCAGAAAGCGGCGCAGACUUUCCUUUCAGAGAUACGAUGGGAAAAGAACAUAACACUCGGCGAGCCGCCCGGGUUCCUCCAUUCCUGGUGGUGUGUUUUUUGGGAUCUGUACUGCGCCGCUCCAGAGAGGCGAGAUACUUGUGAACACUCAUCUGAAGCAAAAGCAUUUCACGAUUAUGGAUUUGUUAAUUCUGGAUACGGUGUUAAUGGGAUCGGUCACAACGCUGGCCCGGCACCUCCAAAUGACGGAAUGGGUGGAGGUGGUAUGCCACCUGGUUUCUUCCCAAACUCUUCACUCCGGCCAUCACCGCCUGCCCCACACCCUGGAUCACAGCCCUCGCCUCACGGACCUCAGCCUCAGCUAAUGGGAACAGGACAGCCGUUCAUUGGCCCUUGGUACUCUGGUGGACCACGAUCAGCAGUUAGAAUGGGCAUGGGAAAUGAUUUUAAUGGGCCUCCAGGUCAGGGUAUGAUGGGCAAUUCUCUGGAGCGCGGCGGCGGGGGAGGCGGGGGCGGCGCAGGGAUGCUGGGCGGGCCGCGCAUGACGCCACCGCGCCCUGGAAUGGGCCCCAUGAGCCCCGGGGCCUACGCGGCCGGCAUGCGCGGCCCUCCGCCCCAGGCUCCAGGUAUGCCACCAAUGGGGAUGGGGCCGAGGGGCGCGUGGGCUGGGGGCAGCGGAGGCGCCGCCGGGGGUUCCGCCCCACUCAACUACAGCGGAGGCUCGCCCGGAGCGUACGGUGCGCCGCCCGGCUCGAACGGUCCCCCUGGUCCUCCCACGCCGAUAAUGCCAAGCCCCCAGGACUCAUCAAAUUCCGGCGGUGACAACAUGUACACGCUGAUGAAACCCGUGGGCGCUGGCGCCCUAGGGGCGGAGUUCCCGCUCGCCGUCGAGCACGGGCCCCCAUCGCAGCAUCUCCCGCAGCCCUCUGCAGCCGAAGGACUCGGCGGCGUGGACGGCAUGAAGUCUUCACCGGGCGGCGUCGGUGGCGGAGGGCCAGGGACACCCAGGGAAGACUCCGGAUCGGGAAUGGGCGAUUACAACUUAAGUUUCGGCGGACCGGGCGGCGACCAAAACGAUCAAACGGAAUCAGCGGCCAUUUUGAAAAUAAAAGAGAGUAUGCAGGAAGAAGCGAAACGGUUCGAGAAAGAUCCAGAUCAUCCGGACUAUUUCAUGCAGUGAAUACAUUAGAAAUACGUCGACUCGUCUGUGCAUGGUACCCCAACGGUGGUAACCAACCUCGGGCCCCUGUGACCGAGACGCAGUGACGGGUUGACGGUUUAUUUGCGUUCCAACGAUCUGAUGUUCGGAUUUAUUUAAGCUUCUGUCGUUCGCAAAUUAUUUAUUAGUUUUAAUUAAUUAUCGAUAUCUUUUAAUUAUUUUUUUUGAUGGUACUUUUAUUGUUUUAAUUGAUUUGUAAACAACAUCGAUUACUUAAUCGUUUUAUCACGGCAUUAUAGUGAUAUACUUUUGCCUGACAUUAAAUUGGAACAUUAAAAAAAAUUGUCAAAUGUCAUAUGUCAAGUGUAUAUUUAGUCUGUGCCGAUCAAUCUGCCUACGUGACAUAAGAGUCCGGCUGCUGAGAGAAUGUAUUUCUGAUAGGUCCGUCAUCAUACAACAUUGAACCGACGACGAAUUUACGAUAAAAAUGUUAUAUCCUUCUUAGAUCUAUUAUUAAAAAAAUGAUGAAAUAUUAAAACCUGUAUUUAAUUUAAAUGAUGUCAACUGUUUUUUUGUAGAGUUACUUGUAGUAUAUGUCGUUACUAACUAACGUCAGAGUCAAUCUCUCGGCGGCCGGACUUUAAUAAAAUUAUAAUUAAUGUUACCUCGACACAUUUAAGCAAUUGGAAAUCUUACAGUUUCACCUACCCUAAGCUGCCAUAUUUCGUCCUCAAAGUACUUACAAAAGCAGUUUAAUGUUUUUUUUUAAAUAUAUUUAUACUAGAGUUGCACCGAAUAUUCGAACAUGUAAAUUUUAUUCAGCCAAAUAUUCACCAUUAAAUUUGAUUAUUUUUUUCACGUUUCUAUUAAAUAGAAAAUAAAUUGAUAUAGUUUUAAUAAACUGCAACCAAUCACAAGAUAGUAUUCUGAACAGAUACGGUUGAACGAUUCUUUGCAACUCUAGUAUUUAUGUAUGUCGUCAUAAGAAAUUCAAAAUGGCGUUCGAUGUUUGUAUUUUUUUUUAAUUAGUUUUAUGAAAAGUAUCAUCAAAAAAGUUUUCAUAUAUAAAGGCACUUGCAAUGUGAAAUCGUGAAAAAGUUAUUUUUUAACAAUACGCCCAUACUGAUUAAUAUCAUAAAAUAGAUUUUUCGAAUAAAUUAUAUUAUAAUAUGUAUCUAUACAUAGAAUCACAUUAUAAUGAAUUGAUAUUUUUUUAUUUUUAUGUUUUAAAUGUAAAAUUUUAUAUGUAUUUUCAAAUUGAAGAAAAAAAAAUAGACGUUCAAGAAAUUUUGAUAUUUUCAAAAUUUAGUUUUUAAUAAUCGUUUGCUCCUAAUUUAAAUCAUGUUAUAUUUUGUCUAGUUAUCAUAUCUAACAAUAUUACAGUGGAAUAAUAUCUCUAAGACGAUACGCACCGAUUUCUAACGACAUUCGUGCGUUAAAACAGUUGGCUUAGACAUGUCGCCGAUGCAAUCGAGAAUUAGUAUAAAUGUAUAUAACGAACUUUUUUGUCCAAGUGACCGUUUGUUUGGUCAUUGAGUGUAUAGGUAAGGAGACGUACCUCAUAUGAAUAAUGGUUCCACAAUAUGCCGGAAAUUAUCAUUUGGGAUUUAGAAAUUUGAUUAACGUAUUUAGUUACAUCGUCUAACUCAGCACGUCGUAAAUUUAAGACAUUUUAAUACACAAUGAUGAUCCUUACCUGUACACUCCGUAUUCGAUAUAUGUUCGUGGACCUAUCAAAAGAGGUUUUAGAAAUAUUAACGUACUCUUGUUUUGAUUCAUCAUACGUUGAUCUCGUGACUCGUCUAAGCUAUGAUGGACCAGAUACAGAAAGUUUUUAAGAAUGAGAUGAAUUUGUACAACUCGGUUUAUUUUUUUCGGUCCGAUUUUUUUGUACGGAGGUUCGCUGCUUUGUAAAGAGUUUAUGGAUACAGAAGAGUGCGCGAUCGGAUGUUUAGUUUUUUUUUUUUUUAUUAUAUAUAUAUAUAUUGACAACAAAGUAUUUGAAUCUGGAAUUGAAAAUACCAACUGUAGAUUAUGUCACACUACAAGGGUAUGUACCAAGUGAGUAACAGAGGUGGUGACGUCAUUAUGACAUCAAUUAAAGAGCAAUUUUUCAAUGACGUAAAGACUGGUGGGUAAAUGACCUUCCUCACCAAGUGGGUCCACUACAUGUAGUCUUCCUCGCUAAGCAUAAGAUUAACUAUUGUAUUGAAAUUGUGACGUCACGGGAGGUGGGGGGGGAUCGUGUAGAGUGGUGACGUAAUUUACGGAUGGCUCGUAUUUGUCUCGUCGUUUCGUGCACUCCUUUAUUAAAUGUAUUAUGAUAUUUUAGCAGUAAUUAAAAAAAAAACUUCCAUUUGUUUUUUAAAAAUAAAUUAUUUAGCGUACAUUUUGAUUUAAGCUCUAAUGUUCCUAGAUUUGUAUCUUUAUUUUAAGUUCAGUGAUUUUUAUUUUUCGUAGGAUAUCGGUGCGUCGAGUGUGGGGCCAGUGUGUAUUACUCAUUGAAAAAAAAAAACAACAGAAUGUAAAAUUUUCAUUGUUUAUUUAUUUUUUAUGGUAACUUUUACACGGUAUGUUAUUAUAAAUUAUUUAUUAUAUUUCUAAAAUUAAAAAAAAAAAAAACAAUAAUGAGUAACUCUCAAUUUGGUCGCACUCAAUAUUUAAAUUUCGAAUAAACGAUAGAAUUAUUUUGAUGAUAACAAUUGAAUAUAAUUCCUCGUUUAUCCGAGAACGCAUUUAUUCAUGUUAAAUAAUGAUUUUUUAAUAUUUAUCACGCGGUAAAAAAUCUUAGAAACGUUAGUAAGGUAUCUGUGCCCAAAAAUUACUUUUAAUGUUUAAGGAAUGUGUAUUUCGUACGAGGUCCGCGCGCUAGAGAGAGACAGCAAUAUGUGAGGGUGUUAUCCGAUUGUCGUUGGAAGAUAUUUUUUACGUAAUUCUUGGGCACCGCGAAAUGUCAGAUUCGAAAAAUUUUUAUGCAGUGAAAUUUUAUACAUUGAGAUAGACGUAAUAGAUAUUUUUUUUUCUAUCUGGUAUCUUUAUAGAAUAGGUUUUUUUUUUUCGGGGUGUAUGGAAAAUUGUAUAAAUUAGAAUUAUUUCUUAGCGAGAUUCGGCGAGGUAGGCUCUAAGGGGGCGUCGCCCUGUCCAAAGCUCUGCGAAUACUUGGCUCCUUUUGGUGAAGAUAAAUUAAAAAAAAAACUUUUCAAAUUUAGAAUCUCGACUGAACGUACAUACUCUUUCGUUCUUCGAUGUGUAAAUAAAAUUAAAUUGGACAUUCUUAUUUUUUUUUUUCAAUAAAUUGAUCAUUAAAUAUUUCUUAGCGAAAGUCGAACCUAAAAGGACCCAAAAAUGUAAAUUACGCAGAGUUCAAGAUUAGAUUAAGAUUUAGUGUAAACUUAAAAAAUAUAGAUUUCCACGAUGCGAGUUGUAAAGGGAAUUUUUUUAAAGAUAAAAAAAAAAAAUAUUUUAAAUCGGUUUUUAAUUUAAAUUAAAGUACGUGUAGCGUGAGGUUGUAUGUUUUUAAGGUAUAUUAUUUUUAUGUUUCCUUAAUUUUUUCGUGAGUUAGGUAAAUGAAUUAUUUUUUUCAUUAAUGUACGUUUAUAUACACUUACUAAAAUAGUUAUCAUAUAUUAAAUAA